AUGGACGGUGAUCCCGUGGUUGAGCCGGAGCUCGACUCCUUCAGCUUGACCUUUCCCCUUCCCUACCGGGUUGCCUUCAUCGUGAUCAUAGCUGUUUGGGGCUGGGGCCUCAACCUUCAGUUCCUCCAUAAUCGCAAGAUUGACGUCCCCUCCUUAAUCCGGUACCCAGGAAGAUCGAGCCCAACCCAGCUCCCUCACCACCACUCGACAUACCGUCUUGCGACUCUUCUUUCGCUUAGCUCCGCUGUUUCGAUCUUUACAUUUUGGUCGUUUACCAGGCGCGAUCCAAAACGCGUCAUCGACUAUGACUGGAUUCCCAUGACCAACUUGGCAGUGACCGCAGCCCUCUUCGUGCUACCCCUGCGAAGACUGUCUGUCUCGCACUCCGGUCGACGUCGACUACUCGCAACUCUGCGCCGCGUCAGUGUGGGAGGUUUGGCUGAGGCCAAGGAUGGAAAGUUUGGGGAUAUCUUGCUAGCUGAUGUUCUCACCAGCUACGCCAAGGUCCUUGGGGACCUGUUCAUAUGUCUCUGCAUGUUCUUCACGCGGAAUGGGUCUGCUACUGACCGACCGGAUCGCAGCUGCGGCGGCACCUAUCUCGUACCACUUCUCCUGACGAUACCAAGCGCUAUUCGGCUGCGCCAGUGUCUUAUUGAAUAUCUGCGGGUGCGAAAUUCUCCUUUCAAGGAGUCCACGGGCUGGGGUGGACAACAUCUCGCCAACGCGGCCAAGUACUCGACCGCGUUUCCUGUUAUCAUUUUGAACGCCAUGUUGCGUAACGCAAACACCAACGGCACCCCAACUACGAGCCUGUACCGUGCAUGGAUUGUUGCGUGUCUGCUCAACUCACUCUACAGCUUUUACUGGGACGUUGCCAAGGAUUGGGAUCUCACCCUCUUUGCUGGGGUACAGGAACGCAAUUCUCCCGAUCAUCCGUUUGGCCUGCGGCGCCGCUUGCUGAUCCAUAAGCCCGUGGUGUACUACUUUGUCAUCGCACUGGAUCUGGCACUACGGUGCACAUGGAUGAUCAAGCUGCACCCCCAUCUCAAUACCAUCAGCGACUUCGAGAGUUCGAUCUUUUUGAUCGAGUUUUGCGAAGUGUUCCGGCGGUGGGUGUGGAUCUUCUUCCGAGUUGAGACCGAAUGGAUCAGGAACACUUCAACCGGGCUCGGCGUUGACGACAUUUUGAUGAGCAACUUCAAUACUAGGAACGAGGACGAGGAGUACGUGGACUAAGUCCCACUUGCCAUACCUCUGCGGCACUAACCAUCAGAACAUGGAUAUCCGCGUGUUGCCGCUACGGACGUUUGCUUUGUUUUGAAUGGAGAACGGAAUGCUGGAAAAUCCGAGUAUUACACGCCGUCACACGGUUGGUUUACAACAUCGGCGUUCGGGUCGUUUUUUGGUUCACCCACCCCAGUGAUAUAGAUGUACUCGCCAAAGGAAGCUCACAUAAAUCUACGACUAAUAGUGAUUCGGAUCC